AUGCCGUUUGGAUUGAAAAAUGCCAAAGCCAUAUACCAGCGGAUGAUGACGAGGAUGUUCCGAGAAAAAAUUGGUUGCAUGGUUGAAGUAUACAUUGACAACAUGGUGGUAAAAAGCAGAAAGGAGUCACAACAUACGGAAGACCUCCGGGGAGUAUUUGAGAUACUCCGGCAGCAUAAGUUGCGCCUGAACGCCGAGAAGUGUACUUUCGGUGUAGGGGCUGGCAAGUUCUUGGGUUAUCUGAUUUCUACUCGGGGGAUAGAGGCCAAUCCCAACCAGAUAGAGGCCGUGAAUCGCCUCAGACCGCCAGGCAAUCCCAAGGAAGUGCAAGUGGUAACCGGGAUGUUAGCCGCCCUAAACCGAUUCAUCUCCAAAUUCGCUGAUCGCUGCAGACCGUUUUAUCAACUUCUGAAGAAGUGGAAGGGGUUUCAUUGGGACAAGGGAUGUGAUGAGGCUUUUCGAGAGCUGAAGGAAUACUUGGCAAAAGCACCCAUGUUAACGGCCUCGAAACCUGGGGAGGAUUUGUUUAUGUACCUCUCGGUGUCCGACCAUGCCGUAAGUGCUGUGUUACUAAGGAACCAAGGAGUACAGAUGCCAGUGUAUUACAUAAGCAAAACCUUAGUAGAUGCCGAGACGAGAUACCUGCCCCUGGAGAAAUUAGUUUUAGCACUGGUACACGCCACUUGGAAGUUGCCACAUUACUUUCAGGCUCAUACGGUGUUCGUCCUCACCGAGUAUCCCCUGCAGUCGUUGUUAAAAAUAUCAGACUUCACGAGCCAAAUUGCCAAAUGGGGGACUCGGUUGGGUUCGUUCGACAUAAGGUACCGACCGCGAAGCUCGGUGAAGGGACAGGUUCUUACUGAUUUCAUCGCAGAAUUCACCCCUAAGAACGACGGGAAGAUAAUCUGUAAUGCAAAAAGUCGUCCGUGGAAAGUAUUUGUAGACGGCGCUUCGAAUGCUAUGGGGGCUGGAGCUGCCUCAAACAACGAAGCCGAGUACGAGGCCCUUCUGGCCGGGUUGAGGGCCAUAUUGCAUCUGGGCGCAAAGGAUGUUGAGAUUUAUUCAGACUCUCGACUGGUUGUUUAUCAAAUCAUGGGAAGCUUUGAAGCUCGGGACUCUCGAAUGAAAGCCUAUCUAAGUGCAGCUAAGCAGAUUAUUCGCCAAUUCGGGACAGUGAAGGCCAGGGUGGAGGUUGCCAAGGUGACAGUGGCCAAUCUGUGCUGGAUGAACCCGAUCAUAGAUUUCCUUGCCGAAGAUAAAGUUCCGUACGAUGAAAACGAGGCCAAAAAGAUUCGUCAGGUGGCUCCCCGGUACUGGCUGUCUUCAGAUCGCAAACUGUACCGAAGGUCUUUCGCAGGCCCUUACCUUUUAUGCCUACAAACCGAGAAAGUGAACCAACUUCUAACCGAGUUACAUGACAGAGUGUGUGGUGGCCAUGUCGGGGGACGGUCUUUAGCUCACAGAGCAAUGACCCAGGGGUUUUGGUGGCCACAGAUGCAGAAGGAUGCCGCGGAAUAUGUCCGGAGGGAGGUCGCAACCAUACGGCUCACCGAGUAUCAGCAGAAACUGGCCCAAAGAUACAACCAAGAUGUAAAGGGGAGGGAAUUCAGCGCCGGGGAAUUGGUGCUAAGGAAGGUCGUGGGAAACAUGCGAGACGUAGCUGCAGGGAAGCUUGCUCAAACGUGGGAAGGGCCGUACAGAAUUACCGCCAUCGCUGGCGUGGGGGCUUACUACCUUGAAGAUCUUGACGAGAGGCCGCUCCCUCGGCCAUGGAAUGCUCACAACUUAAAAAAGUUUUACCCGUGA